UUAACUCCAUACAGAAAAUGUUAUCCUCUUUGGCUCUCAUUAGAGUUCUCUUUCUCUUCUCAAAUUUCUUCUUUCUUCCAAUACAAGGCAGAAUACGUGGUUACACUGAACUUGGCCAUUUGCAUGCAAUAUCUAGGAUUUCAGUACCACCUUCUCCUGCACCUGAGGCUGUUAGCCCGAGUUAUGACAAUGCGGAUUCUCAUAAUAAGAUCAAUGUUUUCAAUGUAAGAGCUUUUGGGGCUGUUGGGGAUGGUGUAAGCGAUGAAACUCAAGCUUUCAAGAUGGCUUGGGACACUGCUUGCCAAGCAGAAGAUCCAUCAAUUCUUCUUGUUCCUCAUAGCUAUACUUUUAUGAUACAUUCUACAAUCUUCACAGGGCCUUGUAAAUCUUCAGACCUCACAUUGCAGAUUGAUGGGACACUGAUGCCACCGGAUGGACCGGAUUCGUGGCCUAGAAAUAACAGUAAGAAGCAAUGGCUUGUUUUCUAUAGAAUUAAUGGAAUGGCAAUGCAAGGAGGUGGUGUUAUAGAUGGGAGAGGAGAGAAAUGGUGGGAUCUUCCUUGUAAGCCUCACAAAGGAAUUAAUGGAACAACUCUUCCUGGUCCUUGUGAUAGCCCAGUUGCAAUAAGGUUUUUCAUGAGCUCCAAUUUAAUAGUAAAAGGACUAAGAGUCAAGAACAGCCCCCAGUUUCAUUUCCGGUUCGACGGUUGCCAAAACGUCCAUAUAGAAUCCCUCAAAAUAAAAGCACAUGCUCAGAGCCCCAACACUGAUGGAAUUCACAUAGAGAACACCAACAAUGUGGAAAUAUACAAUUCACUCAUCUCUAAUGGAGAUGACUGUGUGUCAAUUGGAGCUGGUUGUUACAAUGUAGACAUAAGGAACAUUACGUGUGGUCCAAGUCACGGAAUAAGCAUUGGAAGUCUUGGCAUGAAAAAUACCCGAGCCUGUGUUUCGAACAUUACCGUGACUGAUUCAGUCAUCAGGAAUUCAGACAACGGAGUUCGAAUCAAAACAUGGCAAGGAGGCUCCGGAGCCGUCUCUGGAGUAACCUUCCACAACAUUCACAUGGACACAGUCAGGAACCCAAUCAUAGUAGACCAGUACUAUUGUUCCACCAAGAACUGCCCGAACCAAACUUCUGCGGUAUAUGUGUCCGAUAUUUUGUACUCAAACAUCAAAGGAACAUACGACAUAAGAAGCCCUGCUAUACAUUUUGCCUGCAGUGACUCUGUCCCUUGCACAAACCUUACUCUUUCCGAAGUCGAGCUGCUUCCUUCGCGAGGACAAUUCAUGUCGAACCCGCUCUGCUGGAACGCCUACGGAAAUAUGCAGACACUGACUGUACCACCAGCUUUUUGUCUGUUGGAGGGAAUUCCAGAUAUGGUGCAGGAGAGUUAUGUUGAUCGUUGUUAGCCAAUUUGGAUUAUAUUAUCAUUCUAGUAGAUAUCAAUCCAAACGUAAGAAGAAA